AUGGAGCAGAUCAACCAGCCCAAGGAACGCAACUGGCUCCAGCGCACGUUCAACUUCGGCGGGCCGGGCUGGUUCCACGACGUCGUCGAGAUGGAGAUGCACCUCGACACGGACAACGUCAUCCGCCACCCCGAGGACCCGUACCUCAUGCCCUACAGCGAGUACGGCGAGUGCGCGACCUACAAGAUCGACGACAAGAUCACGGGCGUCGUGUCCAUCACGUCGCCGCCCGACGCCCAGGUCUGGAUCACGGAGGUGCUCGUCAACGUUGAGCAAUUCGCGCAGUUCCAGCGGUCCGUCGACGGGUACCAGCUCGCGUACCGCGAGUGCGUCAUCCCCGGCACGGAGAACGGGCUGCUCGUCGCCGGCACGGUGGAGCUGCCCUUCGAGCUGGACCUCAAGGACGUCUACCCGCACGGGUGCCUGCGCCCGACGUACACGGGGUCGCUCUACUACAUCCGCCAGCACGUCGCGGCGACGGCGAAGCGGCCCUGGUUCGGCUACGACUGCGAGGUGCGCCUCCCCGUGCACCUCCAGCAGAUAUGCGCGGCGCCCAAGGAGAGCCGCGGCAAGCCCAACGUCCACGCGCUGGGCAUGCCGCCGCACGUGCUCCCGCUCACGGACCUCAACGGCGAGUGCGUCCUCGACUACAAGACGAACUGCUUCAACGUCGAGGGCCGGCUCAGCGGCCUCGUGAGCUUCCGCAAGCUCGCGACGCCCGUCAAGUUCGUCAAGAUCGAGCUCAUCAAGGUCGAGUGGUCCCAGCAGGAGUCCAUGGACACGGCGAUCUGGACGAACGUGCUCUUCCCGCCCAAGGCCAAGCUCUCCGAGAGCGGCUGGCUCAAGAACAAGGUCGUGCGCCUCGAGCCCGACGAGGACGGCGAGCAGGGGCCCGAGGUCAUCGAGCUCGUCGAGGCCGACGCGGGCGCGGGCGGGCCCACGUUCUCCGAGGACGUCAACUUCCCCGUGGACCUCGACUUCCCGGGCCUCAAGGAGGCGCGCAACACGGGCCGCGUCCUCACGCCGUCCUACAAGCGCCUCGACAUGGGCAACAUCGACGUCGACGACGAGACGGACGUCGAGUCCGACGACGAGGACGAGGUCGAGGCCGGUGUCGAGAUGACGGACAAGGCGGCCAUCACGCCCGACGACGCGCCCGCGCCCAAGGGCAAGGUCCUCGUCAAGCGCGGGCCCAAGGACAUCGUCGACGAGGAGAAGAUCGAGUUCGAGGAGGGCGUCGCGGAGACGGGCUACUUCCUCCGCCUCACGGCCAUCACCGAGACGGGCCAGAAGAGCUGGCGCGCUGCCGGCGUCGCUUUUUGCGGGGUGAAUACAAACAAGAUCUGGAUGUACCAGAAGUCCUUUGUCUGCAACCAGCGGACCAUCGACAUCGACAUCUAG